CGCCAGCAACAACAACAACAACAACAAUAGCCGGAAAAACGAGCAAUAAAAAUUACAAACACCAAAUGGGCAACUAUUGAAUGGCGGCCAUUAGUGGCCCCAAGCGGCAUCCAUUGAGCAAUCAACACCAUUUCUCCCAUCCAACCAGCAACACCACCAACACCACCAACACCAACAACAACAACAGCAGCAAGCAGAGGCUUUAUCAAACGUCAGCUAAUCCUCAGCAGACAGCAGGAGCCAGUUACUCCAGAAGGAGCAGCAACGACAGCUGCCCAAAUCCUUUAGCUGCUGCGCCGCGUAGCUCGAUGAGCGUUUCGAUGUCACUGGUACAGGGUGGUGCUGCCGGUGGUGCGCCACAGGGCGCCAGCGCAAUAUUGGCCGCAGCGGCACCGUAUUAUCAGCCGCCAGCGGUGCCACAGGAUGUACAGCCGGAUCGUCCAAUUGGCUACGGUGCAUUCGGCGUUGUCUGGGCCGUCACAGAUCCGCGCGAUGGACGCCGCGUCGCACUGAAAAAGCUGCCAAAUGUGUUUCAAUCUUUGGUCUCAUCCAAGCGCGUUUUUCGUGAACUGAAAAUGCUUUGCUUUUUCAAGCAUGAGAACGUGCUGUCAGCUUUGGACAUUUUACAGCCACCACAUUUGGACUUCUUUCAGGAAAUCUAUGUGAUAACUGAGCUGCUGCAAUCGGAUCUGCACAAGAUCAUAGUGUCGCCACAGCAUCUGUCUGCCGAUCACAUCAAGGUGUUUCUCUAUCAGAUAUUGCGCGGCCUGAAGUAUUUGCACUCGGCACGGAUAUUGCAUCGCGAUAUAAAGCCGGGCAAUUUGCUGGUCAACUCGAAUUGUGUGCUCAAGAUAUGCGACUUUGGUCUGGCACGCGUCGAGGAGCCCGAUCAGGCCAAGCACAUGACCCAGGAGGUGGUCACACAAUACUAUCGGGCGCCCGAAAUACUCAUGGGUGCGCGCCACUAUUCAUCCGCGGUGGAUGUUUGGUCGGUGGGCUGCAUUUUUGGCGAGCUGCUCGGCCGGCGUAUACUGUUCCAGGCGCAGAAUCCUGUCCAGCAGCUGGAGCUGAUCACCGAGCUGCUGGGCACACCCACCAUGGAGGACAUGCGUCACGCCUGCGAGGGCGCACGCACACACAUGCUGAGGCGUGCCCCAAAGCCGCCAUCCUUCUCGGUACUCUACACGCUCAGCUCGCAUGCCACGCACGAGGCGGUGCAUUUGCUAUGUCAGAUGCUUGUCUUUGAUCCGGACAAGCGCAUUUCUGUGACAGAUGCUCUGGCGCAUCCGUAUCUGGAUGAGGGUCGUCUGCGCUAUCAUUCGUGCAUGUGCAAAUGCUGUUUCACUACCUCAGCCGGGAUGCGUCAGUAUACGGCGGACUUUGAGCCAUCCGCCGGGCAGCCCUUUGAUGAUUUAUGGGAGCGCAAGCUCACCUCCGUGCAGCAGGUGAAGGAGGAAAUGCAUAAAUUCAUUGCCGAGCAGCUGCAAACGGGCCGUGUACCGCUCUGCAUUAAUCCGCAGAGUGCGGCCUUCAAGAGUUUCGCCAGCUCGACUGUGGCGCAUCCCUCGGAGCUGCCGCCUUCGCCGCAUCAAUGGGAAUGACGGCAAAAUGAGGCGAUUGCUGCCUAAAAUAUGAAAAGCAACACUCAAACAACAACAACAACAACAACAACAGCAAACACUUGAACAACACACACACACACAUACACAACAAUAUAAUACUAUUUAGCUGCACAUAAGCUACGGACAAGGGGCCUAGGCGCAGCGCCCCGCUGUAAACAGCGCCCCCCUGCAACCCCCUCGCGAGCGGCAGGAUGAAUGGAUGAAACAAGGUUUAAAUCGAAGGCGCCAAAACACUUUUAAGCGCUGUUUGUUUAAAAGUUCAAGCAUUCCACCACCGAAAUCAACUAAGGAAACAACACAACAACAACAAAACGAAAAAAAAAGCAAAAACUACAAAUAGGCUUAAAUGAAAGCAAGCUACAAGUAAAACAAAACACAUACAAAAAUGUAACGUAACUCAACUGAAACUAGUCUAAAAAAAAAAGAAAUGAAACGAAAGUUAAGAAAAGUUAGGAAAACAACAAGCGAAAUUGUUGUUAAGGCAGCGGCACAAAAACAAAACAAAAACAAGCAAAUUCGAAGAAAAUUAUUAUAAACAAAA